AUGACACAACAACAAACAACAACAACAAACAACAACAACAAACAACAACAAACAACAACAACAACAAUAACAGACAACAAAAAACAGCAACAACAAAGAACGACAAGCAAUAACAAACAACGACAAACAAGAACGACAAACAACAACAACAAACAACAAAAAACAGCAACAAACAACGAGAAACAACAACAAACAACAGCAAUGAAAAACACUGUUGUAACCGUUCUUACUACUACAACUACAACAACAUACUAUUACUACCUCUACUACUACUACUGCUACCUCUACUACUACUACUACUACUAUCACUAUUACUGCUACUAUCACUGCUACCACUGCUACCACUAA